GAUAACCUUGAUUUACAUAUGUCCUUGCUAUCUGGAGCACCCUCCUGCAUUCCCUUUGUCCUCUUUACCCCUUGUUCUAUCUCUUCCUUGGGUUGUUUGCAGAUGGCUUUAGACCCUUAGUUUCAACGCUGCGGAAAUCCUCGCUGUUUCCUCUCCCUCUUUUCUUCUCCGCAAAAACUCGAGGCUACCUUUUUGUCUAGAGUCUGACGCUAUGGCUCGGUCUUGUAGCCCUCUUUUUAUCACAUUCGCUAUUGCAUGUGUCAUUCUUUUUGCAGCAUUUAAUUCUGAUAAUGGGGCAUCACUCAAGAAGGCUGCUAGUUCUUUGAGCAAGCAGAGCGCCUUCAAUGGUGACUUGGUUGCCAAACUUGGACUAUAUGAGCGGUUAUGGAAAGAGAAUAUCAACGGUCGGAAGAAGAUGAAGGCCUUCUAUGAUAAUAAUAAGGGAAAGGAUCGGAAAUUCCCGAAGGGAUACUCUGCCCCAUAUACACUUUAUGAUUUUGUCUACCCAGCUUUUAAUUGCCCUUACGAACUCGAACGUGUUGGUAGAGAAGGCGAUGGCGGAAAGUGGGUUUGCGGCAUGAGCCGAUACGAAGCAAAUAAGAAUAGACCCUGCAUCGUCUAUUCCUUCGGCGUGAGCGAUGAUUCUGCUUUUGAGGAUGCCGUCCUGCGUCGUACCAACUGCGAGAUAUGGGGAUACGACUUCUCAGUCGGCUCGUGGGCAAAGAACCUUGAUCAAUCAAAUGCCUCCCGCGCUCAUUUCCUUCAGGCUGGAAUCAGCAAUGUGACUGACACGGACCGUUCUCCGCCAUUUUAUUCCGUGAAGGACUUGAUGAAAAUGAAUGGUCACAAUUACAUUGACAUUAUGAAAAUGGACAUCGAGGGAUCAGAAUUCGGUGCCCUCACUUCAUUUUUGACCGAUUUCCAGGAUCAGGACCUCCCACUCGGACAGCUUCUGGUCGAGACACAUGUGUGGGAAGCCACGCCCCAGACCAAUUACUUGCUUCCACGGAGUCUUUCGGAAUGGCUUGGAUUUUGGGAACAUUUGGAGUCAAGGGGACUCAGGGAGGUUUCAGUUGAGCCGAAUCUGCUUGGCAACACUUGGUAUGGGAGCCCGGUGUUUGCUGAGGUUACCUUGAUCAAUAUCUUCGACAAGAAGAGUUUGCUUGUGAAUUAAGCAUGAGGCGAUUGGUCGUCGCUUUUUCGGUUCCUGGGUGUUUGAAGACAUAAACGGCGUCGGUUCAGGUUUCAUGUUGGGCCUCAGGUUCAGUCGCCCAUCUGGCAUUGGAUGUAUCCGUCGGACAUCUAUCUAGGAAUGUUCCUCAACAGGUUACAUCCAUACCAUCGCGAGAUGUGUCUCUGAGCAGCCCAGCCGUCAUGCUCCAGACUUAAACCCAACUCUUCAGACGAGGAUUCGUCGCCCUUUGAUUUUGUACGCAGAUAUAAAUGUUAGUCGGAGUAUUUCGAAGUAAAUCAAAGUUUAAUUUGUUCCCAAACACCACCAUCCUCUGAAGAAGAAGAAGAGCAUAUAGCUCUGUUGGAUGGCA